GCAACCGGUCACUGGUCUUAUUUGGUCAUGAACACAGUCAAACUUUCUCACUACCCCACGGACCUGAAAAACAUGCAGGUGUAUUUUAAAAGGUUAAGUUUAGUUUACAAAUUGUCAUUGGUCCAUUGGGAGACAUCAUAUCCCAAUCUGAGAUAAAUAUCGUAACUGGGUGUCUGUAAUCUCUUUAGAUCUAAAACUCACCAGAGCUGGAUUUCCCGCCAUGACUUUGUUUCACGGGCCAACGUCUCAUUUGCUUUGAUUUAGCUUCCCUUUCAGCUUCAGCCAAGAUGGAGCAGUUACACAGAAUUCGGGUCUCGUUUCCGUAGGCGUUUCAGUUCUUCUUUCGAAUUUUUUGCAGUUAUACUGGUAGACUGUGUGUAAAAUACAGAGUUUCUGGUCAAGUGUAAGUGUUAGAUAGAAAGGUUGAAGGCGUGUAAGAUAGACAACCAUUUAACCUCCCGGUGUUACUGUUUUCCCGUUGAGACUGCUCAGAAAUCCCCCUAGAAGUCUUUGAUUCUUCUUUGAUGCUUGGGAAAAUCUUGACUUUCUUAACCUUGCGUUUAAAAAUGUUUGUUGCUCUUAAUAAUGCCGACACUGUCAAUCAUGCAUUUUUAAAAAUAUUAUUCAUUAUAUGACUGACUUUCCAGUGGUGCUAACACUGGCAAACAUCAAUUUUAUUACACAUACGUAGAGUAUUAAGAUUUAAAGGGGCAAUGGCACAAGACUUUUUUAAGAUGUCAAAGAAAUCUUUGGUGUCCCCAGAUCUCAUAUGUGAAGUUUUAGCUCAAAAUAUCAUAAAAAUAAUUUAUUAUAGCAUGUUAAAAUUGCCACUUUGUAGGUGUGUGCAAAAAUGUGCCGUUUUGGGUGUGUCCUUUAAAAUGCAAAUGAGCUGAUGAAAUUCAAACACUGAUCACAAUGAUGGUGGUUUGUUGCAAUUAAAACUCAAUUGUGCUUUUCUCUGCACUAAAUGGCAGUGCUGUGGUUGGAUAGUGCAGAUUAAGGGGUGGUAUUAUUAUAAUAAGAGCUCCUUAUGACAUCAUAAGGAGAGCCAAAUUUCAACUAACUAUUUUUUCAUGCACUUGUAGAGAAUGGUUUACCAAAACUAAGUUACUGGGUUGAUCUUUUUCACAUUUUCUAGGUUGAUAAAAGCACUGGGGACCCAAUCAUAGCACUUAAACAUGAAAAAAGUCAGAUUUUCAUGCAAUGGCCCCUUUAAGUUUUUAACCUUAGCAUUUAACUCAUCCUGCAUCGUGUGUCAAUACUAACAUGAAUGAUGUCACUAAUCAUGAAGAGAUGUGUUGUUACUGGACUACCCAAUCUAUAAAUAAAUGCCAGAUUAAGACUUGACCUCACAAAACUUUCAAGCAAACACCAUACAGCAACUGCAUACAGCAGGAACCUCCUGGCACCAUGCAGACAGUAUGCAAUGUUCACUUUCUUUAUAAAAUGUAAAAAAAUAAUUUAUCUACAUUCAUAUAUGCUCAUAUUAAAUUUACUUUAGGUUCUGAGAUAAUUCUAAUGAAUACACGAAAAAUUAAUGAACAAAAUGUAUGCACAUGUAUGCUCUACUAUGAGUAACUGGCCUUGUUGAUGUCGCACCAGGAAUACUGAUGCAUGAGAAUCAGGCAGAUUGAUGUGUUACUUUCUAAAGCCACCACAUUAGGUUCUCCUCGGGUAUCAAGUCCUCAAACCCAUGCCAAGUGUACCUCACCUGCCCAUUGAGCAACAAACCCUGUCUCUGAUUGGCUGGAUUUAGGGGGACGGAGAGGAACAGGUGGUUAAAAGGUACUGAUCUGGACACAGCUUUCUCCCAGAUAAGGUAAAGACGCCAUUCACGUUCAGUCACCAGGUACGUAUUAGGUGGAAUUGAUCUGCUUUAAAAAUGUAUUCUGUCCUUAUGCUGUGUAAAAAGGUAAAGUGCUGUUUAUUUUCUGUUAGGGCAUUUUAAAGUGGUGUUUACUAAGGUGAGAAUCAUUACCAAUGGUCAGAGUUAGUGAUUUGAACCUCUGGCGCUAAGUAUAAAUCUUUAGUUUCUGCUUUGGACAUAUUGAUACCUCGAACCAUUGCAGUAUCAUUCUGUGUGUCUUGUUGAGAUUUACUGGAUAGGUAAAAAAUCCUUCAGACGGGAUUAGAGCCAUAUUUAGUAUCCAUAAUACCCUAUGGUGGUAUCCUUUGCAUGGGCAUUUUCUUUAUAAUAAUAUAAUAUUUUCUUUUGGUGUCAGCAUCUUCGGCUGCUGUUUGCGUGCAGCUACAAUGCCCAGUAUUCUCCACCUUGUCGUCCUGGUGAUAACCUUGCUGGUGGUAAAAACAGGGACUCAAGCGUCGAUACCCAAGACCACACAGUGGCCACGGCUGAAACCGACUAAAAAGCCCCCGCCUGGGGAUGAAGCGGAUCCUCCGCAUGCACCCACCCACAUUGGUAUGCUUCAGAUCACCACCAUGACCAGCCCCACCACCAGUGCCAUCACAGAAGAAAUCACAGAUUCGCUGAUGGAUGUGUACUCCAUUUCACCUACCGACAGUACCACCUUCUCCAGUGAUACGUAUUCUGCCGAUUAUCACACUGAGGCCAAGGUUCCUCCUGGUGUGGGUCCUGGGAACUACACAUUGGACUAUAAUGAGUGCUUUUUUAAUUUCUGUGAGUGUUGUCCGCCAGAAAGAGGACCACCGGGACCGGUGGGAGAAAAAGGGUCACCAGGUAUACCAGGGCAGAAAGGAGAUAUUGGACCUUCUGGACUUCCGGGUCUAGACGGACUCACCGGAGCUCCUGGGCCACAUGGAGGAAAAGGAGAAAAGGGUGAUCCUGGCAUGAGUGGGUUGCCUGGGAUUCCUGGUGUUACUGGGAAACAAGGAGAGAAAGGUGAAAUGGGCCUGAAAGGAGAAAGGGGAGAUACAGGUUUACCUGGAACGAAAGGAGAUGCUGGUGACCAGGGAGAGCCUGGCUGGAAUGGAACCAGUGGUGAGGUGGGUGAUCCUGGCCCUCCCGGCCCGAGUGGCCCCCCUGGACCAGAUGGCAUCAAAGGGGAGAAGGGUGACAAAGGUGACUGUCCAUUUGGAGAAAAAGGGCAGAAAGGGAGUAUGGGUGAGGCAGGGCCUCCAGGGCCCAAAGGAGACAUGGGCAUACCAGGUGUAAAUGGCAUAGAUGGGUUUCCUGGGCCCAAAGGGCCUAGUGGAGACCCAGGACCUCCGGGUAAACAGGGAGAGCCUGGACAACCAGGACCUCAAGGACCACCAGGGCAAAGGGGGAUGCCAGGGAUGAAAGGCAUGAGAGGCCUAAAGGGACUACGGGGUAUAAGGGGAUUAAAGGGCCUUCCAGGUGAACCUGCCAUUCAGAAGCGCUCAGCCUUCAGCGUAGGUCUUUUUCCUAGCCGGUCGUUUCCGCCACCUGGCCUGCCUAUCAGGUUCGAUAAACUUAUUUACAAUGAGGAGGGUCACUGGGACCCUAACAUCAGUAAGUUUAACUGCACUCAUGGAGGUGUGUACGUAUUUUCCUAUUACAUAACCGUGCGUAGUCGUCCCUUACGCGCAGCUCUGGUCGUGAACGGCAUACGGAAACUGCGAACCCGCGACUCUCUGUACGGCCAGGACAUCGACCAGGCCUCCAAUAUGGCUGUGCUCCGUCUGUCAUCUGGUGACCAGGUAUGGCUGGAAACUCUGCGGGAUUGGAACGGUGUUUAUUCCAGCAAUGAGGAUGACAGUACAUUUUCCGGAUUCCUGCUGUAUGCCGAUGCAACGAAGGACUGAUCGCCAGGAAUCGCACCGACAUCUGGAUGAACUGUUGUGUUUCCAAAGGGGCAAUGGAGGCCAACUAUAUUAUCCAAAAUACUUGAGACCUGAACUUAUACGUCCAAUUUCAUAAGAAUUAUUGAUGUUAGAUUUUUUUAUACACUGAUGAUUUGUUAUAGCUAUUCGAGUAGCUCCUAUCAUAGGACAAUACAACACAGAGGGCAGCUUAUGCAAUAAAUAUAAUGAUGAUUUAUGUCUGUCAUUAUGUUUUUACAAUAUAGAUAUCAAAAUGGCCUGAUGUGCUCUUAUAUAUUUUAGUUUAUCAAAACUGUGGUCUGUGGGGAAGCAUUAAUUAUAUAAAUUAGUGUUGGACUUUGUGACUCUUUUAAGGGCAACAUUGACAUCUUGGAAUCAAUAAUGGGAAUGUCAACAUAUAUUAAGACUUUUUUUAAUCACUUAAUUGACAAAUUUAACUUGAUUUAUUAAAAUGUAGCGGUUUUUUUCAUGUCUGGACAAAACUUGUAUUAUCAUUAGUGUUUAUACAAACUUUGUUGUAAUGUUUACUUUGCAAAGAUAUUAAAUAAAUCAUUAAUGA